CGAUACGACGCCGGCCGGUCGCCAUUUUCUAUUGGUGAUUGACGUUUGAGAAAGUCGGUCGUAUUUUCUGAAUUUGUGUUCGUGUAGCGGGAAAUCACAACAAGAAAGUGUUUAGAUCGCCUUUCUAUUGCUUCUUCAUCAACUGCUGUUUAAAAUGGCAAACCGAAGACCGCAGCAAGGCCGUCGCAUAGAUUACGGUCGCAACGACCGUAACAAGAACUUCGGACGCAGUGGAGUCUCCCCGUGGCAGGGCGCUGGCCCUGGCGGAGGGAUGCCCAACCUCCUUCCCCUCGGAGGGGGCUCCACCGAAGCAACACUUGCACUCGCAAGCAACAUCAUCAACUUGCUCCAGCCUCGGCAAAACCCUGUGCCGUCUCUUCUCGAUAUGCCCAUAAGAAGGGACUUCGGUCCUAAUAUGGGUCGGUAUGAUCGUGGUUAUGUGCCGAAUAGGAUGGGCAAUCAGGGUAAUUUCCGGCGUACGGGCAAUUACAAUCGCGCUGGUGAGCGUAUCAACACCAAUCGUAAACCAUUCAGGCCCAAUGAUGGGCAAAGGCAACAAAACAAGAGUUCCCCGAAAAAGGACGCCGAUUCUAAGGCUAAACCUAAAGAGAGCGAUCAAGAUGACAAGACGGAAGAGACCUCUGACGGAGAUAAGGUAGAAGAAACUAAGAAGGAGGGACCGAAGACUCGCUACGAUGACAUCAGUCCGCAACUGCUGAAGUGUCAUAUCUGCAACAAGAGCAUGUGGGACGGAAGGUCGUUCGAGAAUCAUCUGAGCGGUCGCGCACACGCUAUCAUGAUGCAGAAGACAGCCGAGAGCUAUGCGCUGACUGCGGAUACUAUGCGGCAGGAGUUCAAGGUAAUUUGA